CAGUAACGGUACCUUGUGUCAGGGUUCACGGCGCAGUCAGGCGUGACGACCAUGUUGAGGCCCACUGGCUCCACUCGUAGUGAAGUAUAUAAGAUGGCUUCUUCCGCAUUAGUGAGCUCACCCAUUGCUCGGUAGCGAUCUCAAAGAUGGUCCUCUCGACACUUCUUUUAGCAGGGCUUACUGCAAUUAUCAAUGUCGGCUCGGCGGCAUGUCCGUACAUGGACAAUGGCUAUUCCACACAGGACAUUCCGGCCGACCACCCUCACAUUCGACGCGACGACGCUGAUCCUCCUCGCACUGACAACUACUUGUCAAAAUAUGAGAUUGAUGACAGCGAUACCUAUAUGACCAGCGAUGUAGGCGGGCCGUUUUCCGACCAGGAAAGCCUGAGUGCGGGAGUGAGAGGGCCUACAUUGUUAGAAGAUUUUAUCUUCCGUCAGAAGAUUAUGCAUUUUGACCACGAACGCGUUCCAGAACGAGCUGUCCAUGCCAGAGGCGCUGGUGCCCAUGGAGUGUUCACAUCCUACGCGGAUUGGUCUAAUAUCACGGGGGCCUCAUUCUUGAGCUCUCCCGGAAAAGAGACUCACGUGUUCAUCCGAUUCUCUACCGUUGCUGGCAGUAGAGGUUCUGCUGAUACCGCCCGAGAUGUUCACGGCUUCGCGGUGCGAUUUUACACUGAUGAAGGAAACUACGACAUAGUCGGUAAUAAUAUUCCGGUGUUUUUCAUACAGGAUGCUAUCAAGUUCCCCGACCUUGUUCACGCCGUCAAGCCGGAACCAGACAGGGAAAUCCCGCAAGCCGCCUCUGCUCACGAUACCUUUUAUGACUUUGUCUCACAACAGCCCAGUGCUCUGCAUACUCUGUUCUGGGCUAUGAGCGGUCAUGGUACCGUGAGGGGAUACCCUUUCAUGCACGGCUGGGGUGUUCAUACAUUCCGAUUCGUUACGGAUGACGGGAAGAGCAAGCUGGUCAAAUUCAGAUUCCGAACGCUCCAAGGGCAAGCAGCCCUUGUCUGGGAAGAAGCUCAGGUGGCUGCUGGAAAAGAUGCAGAUUUUCACCGCAGAGACCUUUGGGAUGCGAUUGAGAAGGGACGGUAUCCCGAGUGGGAGCUCGAGCUUCGGUGGUUUUCGAGACUGUACAAGGCUGACAACCUGCCGGAACAGUUUGAAGCUCAAAUUAUGGAUGAAGAAGACCAACUCCGGUUCGGUUUUGACCUGCUGGACCCUACCAAAUUCGUACCAGAGGACUUGGUUCCUUUCACGCCCCUUGGCAAGCUUACCCUGAAUCGCAACCCACGUAAUUACUUUGCCGAAACGGAGCAGAUUAUGUAUCAGCCUGGACACAUUGUUCGUGGAGUCGACUUUACUAACGAUCCUCUGCUUCAAGGCCGCUUAUUUUCCUAUCUGGACACACAGCUCAAUCGCAAUGGUGGACCCAACUUCGAACAGCUGCCCAUCAAUCAACCACGCAUCCCUUGGCAUAACAACAACCGUGAUGGAGCUGGACAAAUGUUCAUCCCACUCAACACCGCUGCGUACAGCCCCAACGUGCUCAACGAGGGCUCUCCUCGGCAGGCCAAUCAGACGACCGGUAGAGGCUUCUUUACUACUCCUGACCGCGCUACGUCUGGCCGUCUUGUUCGCACAGUGUCCCCAACCUUUACAAACGUUUGGUCCCAACCGAGACUGUUCUAUAACUCCCUGCACCGCACUGAGCAACAGUUUCUUAUCAACGCCCUUCGAUUCGAGAUCGCGCAGCUCAAAAGCAGCAUCGUUAAGAACAACAUCCUCAUCCAACUUAAUCGCGUCAGUCAUGAUGUCGCGAAGCGAGUCGCAGACGUUCUUGGGAUGGCCACUCCCACACCCGACCCUACGUUCUAUACGAAUAACAAGACUAUCGGUGUAUCCAUCGUUGAAAAACCCCUAGACAAGAUCGAUGGUCUUAAAGUCGGUUAUCUCACGACCAAUACGGCCAACGACGCCAGAAAGGAGGCACUCAAGGGGGAGCUUGGCGUCAUGAAUGUUGACCUUGUUGUCGUCGCCGAGUUUCUCAAUGAAGGUGUGAAUCAGACGUAUUCUACGUCCGAUGCCUCCCAGUUUGACGCCAUCAUCGUUGGAGCAGGCACCGAUACGCUAUUUACUAAUGCCGCUCCCAACUGUGGAAACACGACUGGCGCUGCAUGCGCUCUCUAUCCAGUUGGCCGUCCUCUCCAGAUCCUUGUUGAUGGUUAUAGAUGGGGGAAGCCUGUGGGCGCCGUAGAAUCCAAAAGCGCAGCACUUCCAGCGGCUAACAUUCCUGCAAAUACACCGGGUGUAUAUGCGGACGUUACGGCCAAGGAUAUCGAAGACGGCUUGAAAACAUUCAAGUUCUUGGACAGAUUUCCCCUAGACAGGGCUUCGAGUUCUUGAGGAAAAUUCAAGUUUCGCAUAGGGCUCUCUUGCACCAAAAGCAUGCCUGUCCACAUGCAUGAGUGUAACAUAUUUAAUG